CAUGAUUAAAGAGUUCAAGACAAUGAGAUUGAAAUUUGGUGCAACAUUCUCAAGUGUGAAAGAUAUCAUGAAGGAAAAGCCACAAGCAUUUGAAAUGAUCAGAGAUCCUUAAAUUUUUCUUAUCCAGCCUUGAAACCUCAAUUAGCUCAAUGUCAAGAUAUUAAAAGCAUCUUAGAAUUAAUCAGUGAAAAUUGUUCACUAAAUGAUAUUAGUAUGCUGGAGUUCUUUGUAACUAGGUCUGAAAUAGGCAAGCUCGCUAAAAUUAUUCAGGAAUAUAACGAAUCUAUUAAGAAGUUUAGUGAGACUAAGCUUACUGAAUAUUUAGAAGGAGAGCUUUCAAAUGCUUCACCACUUCAAUGCGAAAGGAUUACCAUUGUUGUUGAUCAAAACACAGAUGAUUGCACAUUGAAUGAUGUCAGGAGAUUAUCAGCUGAUACGUUUCAUGAGUUAUCACAACAUGUCAGAUUAAAUGUCAUUAGAGAUGACAAUUCUUUCACUAUCACUUGUUCCUUCCCUUUGAGUUCUAUCUGAGCAGUUAAUUACAGCUGCUCUUAAUAAUAUUGAUGUAUUGAAAGAAAACAAAGUGAAGAGAUUAACCAUUGGAUACUGCACUGUGUAUGAGGUAAAGGACACCUCCACUACUACUACAACAGAAAUAGAUGAGUACACCUCAUCAUUAUCAACUAGUAGUGGUUUAAUGAAACAAUUGAUGCUGUCAUUGAGUGUACAACUGAUUAAUAGUAAAGAGGAGGUUACUACUUUAAAUGAGGAAAGUAUGACAAUGAAGAAAGAAGCAGAGUCAUUGAAGGAAAAACAAGACACUAAAAAUAAGAUGCUGACUGCCAGUAUAGCAGAGAGUGAGAGGUUUAAAAAAAUAGCAGCUGAGACUAGUCAGUCACUAAAAGAAAAAAUAUCACUACUAACAGAACGUGAAGAAGAGAAUGAGAAUUUGAAAGAAAUAAAAGAAUUAUUAGAAGAGCAGCUUGCUUUAUUUCAAUCAGAGAAAGACGAAAUCAAACAGUCAGAAAGCGGGUCAAUUGUAGAUCUAGGUACAAUUGAAAAGCAUGAUAGAGCAUCUCAUCAGGAAGAGAAUGAGGCAAUACAAUGGAGAAUGGCAUUUGAAAUUGAAAGUUUAAAAGGAGAAUUAAAACAAAAAAAUGAUAAAAUCAAUGAAGUACAAGCUGAGAGUAAAAAAGAAAUAGAAUUAUUGCAAGAAAAAAUAACAAUGAACUUACAACAAAUUGAGAAAGAAAAAGCAAUGCAAGCUAACAGUAAACAAGAAAUAGCUUCAUUAAAAGAGGAAAUAAAAGUACUGAAUGAACAACUAAUGAAAAAUAAAAAACUGCAAGCUUCUUCACAAGAGAAAAAUCCACUUAUAUUUCAAGAUGACAUUUAUGGUGGCAUAACUAUUGACCAUCCAUUGAUUAGAGAAAUUGUACACACACAUCAAUUUCAAAGGCUGAAAGAAAUCAAAAAAUUAGGUCACACAUACCAAAAUAUACCAAAAGCAAAUUAUUCAAGGAUGGAACACAGUAUUGGAAUGUAUUAUCUUGCUGGAGAGUAUGUUAAGCAACUUCAAAGGAGACAACCUGAGCUGAAUAUUACUGAGUCUGAUGUUUUGUGUGUACAAAUUGCUGCUCUUUGUUAUAACCUGGGUCAUGGGCCUUUCUCUCACACUUUUGAUAUGUUCUUAGAUGCAAUACAUGAAAAAAAUAAAUCCGGCAAGCCUUGGAAGAAUGUUUCAGAAGCAUCAGUUAAGAUGUUUCACUAUAUGUUAGAAGAUAAUGAAGGUUUAAUGGCUUCUUUUGAAAAACAUUUUGAUAAUCCCAAGGAAGAUAUUGCAUUCAUCAAAGAGCUUAUCCAAGGAACAGGAUAUGAACAGCGUAAAGAUAAAAAAUUCCUACAUAAGAUUGUAUAUAAUAAAAAGAGCGGGUUAGAUGUGUGUAUGAUCGAAAGUACAGUGAGAGAUGCAGCUGUAUUGGGAAUGAAUGUCACUUUUCGAUGGAAGGCAUUUUAAAACCAAGUUCAUGUCUUGAGGUGUCAUGAUGGUGAAUCACAUAAGUGUUUUUCAAAAGAUGAUUUAGAGAUAUGCAAUGAUUUAUUUAGAACUCGUCAUAGUCUUCACAGGGACUUGUAUUAUGCACGCAAGAGCAGGAUGGCUGCUAUAAUGAUAAGAAGAAUAUUAGUCAAGUCAAAUCAAAUCCCAAUAAUCAAAGAUAAAUCCAGGUAUAGGUUUUACUAAAUUGCUAUGCAUCAGCUAGGGUACACUGUAGACGAGUGACUAUAUCUCAAGCU